UUACAUAACAAGUAAUGAUAAGAAAACCCCUUUGAUUGCGCUAUUGUGUUAGUUACACCUUCUAGAGACCUUUUUAUAAUACCAAAAUUUUGACUAAGUGAAAAUGUAAAUGAUGAUGAAUAGUUGAAUUUUUUGAAAAUGGAACAUGAAUGACUAAUUAAUCGUUCAUUACACUUUUGAUUUUAUCUUGUUCCUUUUUUUUAAAAAAUUAACCAAAAUUAAGAAAGUAAAAAAACUUACAAACAUAUGUACAACAACCUACAAUUCUGUCUAGCUUAGCUAAACGUGUUAAAUAAUCACAAAAAUAUAACUAUUUUACAAACUCUGACCUGUACGCAACCAAAAAAAAUACUAAAACCUACCUGUGAUCAACUUACCUCUGUAUAUAUAUCUCCACCCACCUGUUUUUUACAAGUUUCUUCAGAGAAGUCUAAGCUUUUUUUUCCAUUCAACUUUGCAUAACCUAGAUUUUUCAUUCCAAUUUUUUUGUUUUGGCAAAACCAAUUACUUUUAUUCGUUAUUCUCACACUAAUCUCUGUUUUGAUGACUCUUUAAUUUGGAUUUAGGGAAGCAUAUAUAGGCAAUACUUUCCUUCUCGUUUGUCUCUUCACCAAGAUAUCACCUCUUCCUUAUUUUCUUCAUAUAUAAUGUAAUGUAACAUUAUUAUUAUUUCAUCAAAUCAAAGACAUCAUACAAUCUUGUAGAGGAGGAUGAAGCGUGGGAAAGGCGACAAAAAGGGAACAAAGAACCGAGAUGUCAGCGGUCAAGUAGUUCCGCUCACUGAACCGGUGGUUGUAGCUACGCCUAUGGUUGGAACAAGAUCGUGGAUAGGAGGGCUCUUUACACGCUCCAGUAGACGUCAAGACAAGUCAAUCGACUACACUUUGUCUCCUCUUCAGGAGGAAAGACUUCAAAAGCUGCAAGAUCGUUUGCUUGUACCUUUUGAAGAGACACGUAUUGACCAUCAGGAAUCACUUAAAGCAUUGUGGAAUGCAUCAUUUCCGAACAUUAAUCUCACAGGCUUAGUAACAGAACAAUGGAAAGAUAUGGGAUGGCAAGGUCCCAAUCCAUCUACCGAUUUCAGGGGUUGUGGAUUUAUUGCUCUAGAGAAUUUGCUAUUUUCCGCAAGAACAUAUCCGGUUUGUUUCCGGAGACUAUUACUGAAACAAAGAGGCGACAGGGCAAAGUGGGAGUACCCUUUUGCAGUGGCUGGAAUCAACAUCUCCUUCAUGCUGAUCCAAAUGCUCGAUUUACAAAACACUCCAAAGCCGAAAUGUCUUCCAGGAAUGAAUUUUCUCAAACUCUUAGAAGAAGACGAGAAUGCAUUCGAUGUACUAUAUUGUAUAGCUUUCGCGAUGAUGGAUGCUCAGUGGCUUGCGAUGCACGCUUCUUACAUGGAAUUCAAUGAAGUAUUACAGGCGACUCGGAAUCAGCUAGAGAGAGAGCUUUCUUUGGACGAUACUCAUCGGAUUCAAGAUCUCCCUGCUUAUAAUCUCUUGUUCCAAUAGAGUUUUCUUUUACUUUCUUUUCUUCUAUUUAGAUUUAUGUGUACAUUAACUGGAUUUAUGAAUGAAAAGAAACGAUAAUCAAUGAACCAAAAAUAAAAUAAAAUAAAAAAGAUUGAAAUUGAAAGAUAAUGGAUCCGAUUGGUAAUGGCCGUAGCUUUAAAAUUUUUUGCUGUUGAAAAAAAUCUAUAGAUUUUUUGUUGUGGCUUUAAAUUUUAUUGCUGUAGAAUUUUAUGGAAAACACUAAAAAUUUGCUUUGGAUAUUUGGCUCUGCAGAGCACUUUUAAAAGUUAUGGUUUCAAAAAAAAAAAUUAAAGCUUGAUUUCUUUGAAUUUGGUGCCGUGGAAAUAAAUAUGACCGUGUACAGCACCUAGAUCAACUACCAAUCACCCCUCCAAUGAUGCAUAUCCAUCAUCGUUCUGUUCUAACAUUGAUGAUGAUGAUAGUGUGGAAGGAAACUAAGAAGUUAACGUGGAAUCUUUGACUUCUGUACUUCAAAUAAUCAAAACUCUUUAUCAUUCGUCUACAGGAGUAAAGAUCUUCACUCUACCGACCAGUAUUGUCCGCGUCGACAUUAAUUUUUUUCCAUCCUAACGUUACGUUGAAAAGUCGGUCUGAUGUAUGACCUAUUGUAUAUUCCCAAAUGAAUAUUAAAAAAUAAGAUAAUGUUCUUUACGUUUAAAUUGGAGUUGGAAUUUUGAUCUUAUCCUCUACAUAUGACAAAACAGAAGGGAUCCCCACUUUAAAACCUAACGUGAAGGAUAAGAUUCCUUACCAGUUACAACCACAUUCCCACGAUUAGUAUACAAUUCGAAAUGUCUAUUUCUUGGAGGUGGACGUUUUAUUCUUUUUAAAGUAAUUUUGAUAAUAUAGUGUACGUAAUGAUUCGUUUACAAGUAGUACGUAAUAAGUUUCUCCAAAUUUAUUUUUUAAAUUAAAGAAAAAAAACUGUUAGACAUGAUUACUACUUCAGUAACGGUGCUGAGGCACAAAAAAAGUUUCAAGUGAAGGAUGAUGUAAUAUAAACUUACAAGAAAGCAUUUACUCUGUUUCAACACGCAACAAGUAACAACGAUUACUCUGUUUCAACAAGACAACAAACUCUAUAUACCGACAUACACUUUUCUCAAAAGGUUAGGUGUCUUAAAACGCUAUAUCCUAACCAAAACGCUACAAAAGCCAGAUCACUCUUUUUAGAAAACGCCAGCGGUUCCAUAAACAAAGAAACGGUGGGACUUUUACGAUGACAAUGAGCAGACAAACAAA